AUGCUGUCCGUAGCCAUUUUGGCUCAGGCGGUCUCUGGCAGCUGGCAGAAGCCGUCCCGCCCUCCGCUCUCUGAAGGUAUCACGAAAGAGAUCAUCACGGACGCGCCAGCGGGCAUUUACAAUACGCCCAAGAAGGGCGACCUGGUGUCCGUGCACUACGUCGGCACCCUCCAGUCCGACGGCAGCGAAUUCGACUCCUCCAGGGGCCGCGGGAAGCCGUUCGAGUUCACACUGGGCAAGGGCCAGGCGAUCAAGGGGUGGGACCGUGGCGUGGCGACCAUGAAGAAGGAGGAGGUUACCAAGUUCACGCUGGCGCCCGAGUUUGCCUACGGCGAGAGCGGCAGCCCGCCCAAGAUCCCGCUGAACGCCGCAGUGGUCUUCGAGGUGGAGCUGCUGAGCUGGCCGUCCACGGACGACCUCUUCGGGGACCAUGGUGCGAUCAGGACGCAGCUGAAAGAGGGCGAAGGCUGGAAGAAGCCGCAGAUGGACAGCGAGGUGCUCAUGAGCAUGAGGGUAGCGGCACCAGGCGGGCCGGCGAUCGAGGAAAAGUUUGAUUUCGAGUGCGGCAUUGGCUCCGAAACCCUGGGGGCCUUGGGCGAGGCGUGCGACAAGGCCCUCACGGAUAUGAAGAAUGGCGAGGAAGCCUCCCUCAAGUGCACCGCAGAGUACGCCCUCGGGGACCAGACCCCCGACGGCGCCACGGCGUCUCUCGCGCUGAAGCAGGUCUACGACACCGCCCACGUGUCCUUUGCGAAGGACAAGACCAUCAUGAAGAAUCAGGUCGGGGAGGGCCAGGGCUACCACAAACCGCAGGACGGCUCGCGCGUCAAACUCGCCGUCGCCGCCGCAACCGACGGCUCUGGCUCCCUGCCGGGUUUCGCCCCCAGGACGCUGGACGUCACCGCGGGCAACGGCGAGGACCCGAGGCGGCGCGCCGCCGCGGAGAUGAAAAAGAAGGAGAGGGCCGCGCUGACCGUCGCGGCCCCCUCCCUGGUGGAGGAGUCGCAGCUGGACCUUCAGGGCGUGGCCGCCGACCGGUUGGUGCUCAGCCUCUUCGAGAAGGCCAAGGACACCUGGAGCAUGUCCCAGGAGGAAAAGGUCGAAUUCGGGGCGGCCCGCAAGGAGAAAAGCUCCGAGCUGUCCAAGGCCAGCCGGCUGCAGAUGGCGCUCCAGCGCUACAAGCAGGUGGGCGACAUGUACAGCUACAUCGACAAAUUCCAGAAUGAUAGCAAGAAAUCCAAAGAUAUUAAGAAGGCACCCAGGGAGCUGCUGAAGCCGGCGCAGGCCCUUGGCGGCCUGCUUUCGAACCUGUGUAAGGUCCCCAUCCGGGAACCGUGCAAGAACAAGAGCAUGGCUGGCAUGGAGGACGAGGGCGAUACCAUGGACGUUGAUGGCGAAGGUGGCGAUGCCAUUCGUGCAAACGCCAGCAUGGGAGCCUGA